AUGAUCUCUGCUUUCUUCAUCUUCAACCAGAAGGGAGAAGUCCUCAUCUCACGAUUAUACCGCACCGACUUCAAACGGUCAAUAGCAGAUGUCUUCCGGAUCCAGGUCGUCUCCAACAGCGAUGUCCGGUCACCCAUUAUAACCCUCGGCUCCACCAGCUUCUUUCACGUCCGCAUAAACAGUCUCUACGUCGUUGCUGUUACAAAGAAUAACGCCAACGCGGCGCUCGUCUUCGAGUUCUGCUACCGCUUCAUCAACAUCUGCAAGUCCUACUUUGGCAAGAUCGACGAGGAGUCUAUAAAGAACAACUUUGUGCUUAUCUACGAGCUCAUUGACGAGAUCAACGACUUUGGAUACCCGCAGAACAGCGAAAUCGAUACCCUUAAAUCCUACAUUACAACAGAGAGCGUUGUUUCGUCCUCAUAUGUGGCAGAAGAGUCCGCCAAGAUAACAGCGCAGGCAACUGGAGCGACGAGUUGGCGGAGAGCAGACGUCAAAUACAAGAAGAACGAGGCGUUUGUUGAUGUUGUGGAGACCGUCAAUCUGAGCAUGAGUGCCAAAGGGACUGUUCUCCGAGCGGAUGUUGACGGGCAUAUCCAAAUGCGGGCCUACUUGUCAGGCACGCCCGAGUGCAAAUUUGGCCUUAACGAUAAGCUCGUCAUUGACAAAUCGCAAGCGGGUGGUGGCGGCGGGGAUGCAGUUGAGCUGGACGAUUGUCGCUUCCACCAAUGUGUGAGGUUGGACGAGUUCGAUGCAAGCCGGACAAUCAGCUUCAUCCCUCCGGACGGGGAAUUCGAGCUUAUGCGAUACCGCUCAACUACAAAUGUAAAGCUUCCGCUAAGAAUUUUGGCAACCGUGACAGAACUUGGAACGACUGCUGUCUCCUACGCCGUAACCGUCAAGGCCAACUUCAACGCAAAACUUGCGGCUACGAACGUGGUGCUGAGGAUACCAACUCCACUGAAUACUACCACUGUCGAAUGUCAAGUCGCCAGCGGCAAAGCCAAGUAUGUCCCAGGGGAGAAUGUCGUCGUUUGGAAACUUGCGCGAAUACAAGGCGGCCAAGAACAUACCUUCACCGCUAACGCUGCUCUCACGAGCACCACUUCGAGCCACAAACAAGUUUGGGCGCGGCCGCCCAUCGAUGUCGACUUCCAGGUUCUCAUGUUUACUGCCUCGGGCCUCAUUGUGCGGUUCCUCAAGGUGUUCGAGAAGAGCGGGUAUAACAGUAUCAAGUGGGUGCGGUACCUGACUAAAGCGAGUGGAUCGUAUCAAGUUAGGUAUUGA